AUGGGCGACAACAAAGACCGCUACGUACACCUGCCCAUCCCGACCUACGAGGAGGCCACCUCGUCCCGUCCUGUCUCGUCGCAAUCGGGACUCGGUCCGGAGGAGAUUAGCGACGAUGCCGAAAGGCAGGGUCUCCUCCGCCGUGGGUUAAAUGGCAAUUACCAACCGCCCACCAUCGAGUCCGCGCGGCCCAGUCUCGACUCGCUUGAUGGCAUUGAACACGAUGGUGAAGAAGAGGUGCGGAGGGAGAUGCAGCAGAUGGACAUCGAAGACCCUCUGAGUGAUUCCGCCUCGAACCGAUCCCUUCUUCGCUAUCGCCUGUCCAAGCGGUUCUCUACCUUCACCAACUCUUUCUCCUCCCUGACCCUCCCCUCCUUCCGGCAAUACCUCGCCAAGUUCGCCUGGCCCCGGAUCAACUAUGAGCAACUCGACUCGAAUCGCGUCGUUAUUAUCGGCCGCCUCUUUGGCGUCUUCCUCAUCAUGGGGGUUCUAUACGUCCUUAUAGCAUCCGACGUCUUGUCAUUUACCAAGAACAGGUUGGGCAUGGGCCAGAUGUACGACCCGGAAUCUAUAAGAAUCUUCAUUCAAAACCACAUGAAUGAUGGCGGCGACAUGCAGAAGUAUUUGGGCCACAUUACCGACUUUCCGCAUGUCGCAGGCACGGAAGGCAAUUACAUUCUUGGAGAAUGGGUGGCUGAGCUUUUCAAAUCUUCCGAGUUGGAAGAUGUGCACAUGGAAAGAUUUGACGUCUACUUGAACUAUCCCCAAAAGGACGGAAGAAGAGUAGCGAUUGUGGAACCUGAGGAUUUGAAAUGGGAAGCGAGGGUGGAAGAAGAGAUAGAGCAAGCUUACGUCUUCCACGGGCACUCAAAAAGCGGCGAUGUCACAGGACCAUUGGUGUACGCCAAUUUCGGCUCUAGAGAAGAUUUCAAGACGCUUGCGGACAAUGGAAUCUCGGUCAAGGAUGCAAUUGUCCUCGUCCGGUAUUACGGUUCCGAAGGCGACCGGGCUCUAAAAAUCAAGGCUGCCGAACUGGCCGGCGCAGCUGGCUGCAUCAUCUACUCCGAUCCUACACAGGACGGUUUCGUUCAAGGACCGACCUUUCCUGACGGGCGAUUCAUGCCUGAAGACGGCGUUCAGCGCGGGGCGGUGAGCCUCAUGUCCUGGGUCGUGGGAGACGUCCUCACCCCAGGCUGGGCUUCCACUCCUGCGAAUACAGAACGCCUGAAGCCAGAAGAUAGCCCCGGGCUUAAUCAGAUACCGUCCAUUCCGAUCUCCUGGAACGACGCGAAACAUCUACUGGACGCGAUCAAAGGCCGUGGCAAACAGAUGACCGAUACUUGGCACGGUGCUCCAAACACGGAAUACUGGACCGGGGAUCAGUCUUCGCCCAGGGUCAAUCUCAAGAACAUUCAAGACGAGGAGGCAAAACAGCCGAUAUACAAUGUCCUUGGUAAGAUUGCGGGUUGGGAAGAAGCCGCGAAGAAAGUCAUCGUGGGCAAUCAUCGGGACGCUUGGUGUACAGGUGCGGCGGACCCUGGUAGUGGAACCGCAAUUAUGCUGGAAGUCAUCCGAGUCUUUGGCGAGUUACGCAAAGUGGGAUGGCGACCACUUCGGACCAUCGAGUUUGCCAGCUGGGAUGGUGAAGAAUAUAACCUCAUCGGCAGCACCGAGCACGUGGAGAAUCGUCUAGCCGAGCUUCGCGAAGAUGGCGUGGCGUACAUCAACGUGGAUGUCGGUGUCACCGGCAUCGACUUCCAUGCCGCGGCAUCACCCUUGUUCGAACGAACCCUCAACCAUGUCCUGGACCGUGUGGGCGACCCUUCGUCAGGCCACUCGAUCCGUGAGGUUUGGGACGCAUCUAAUCGUGGCCUGGAAGGACUCGGUGCCGGGAGCGAUUACGUUGCUUUCCAGGAUAUGGUGGGCACAUCUUCCAUUGAUGUGUUCUUCAAGGGCCAGCCAUACCCCUAUCACAGCUGCUACGACAAUUUCGAGUGGAUGUCGAAAUUCGGCGAUCCGGAGUGGAAAUACCAUAAAACGAUGGGGGAGAUCCUGGCGCUCUUGAUUCUCGAGAUGGCGGAUAAGCCUUUAUUGCCGUUUGAUUUGAACGCAUACGCCAAGGCGGUUGCGAAAUAUGUGGCCGACUUGAACAUAUACGCAAAGUCCGCCUCGACCGCAAGCGACCGAAACGCCGUGGAUCUCAGUCCACUACGCGAAGCCUCGAACUUGUUCACCCAAGAAGCGGCCGCGUUCCACGAAUUCGACGACACCUGGCGAAACUUCGUUUUCGGCGCGGGCGGGUUCGAGAGCGCCGGCAUGGCGAACGCCCGCGGGGCGCACAAUGACCGUAUAGCUCAUUUCGAGACCGACCUCCUCGAUCUCAGUGAGGGAGGUGGCCUCGCAAACCGCACACAGUUCAAGCAUGUCAUCUUUGCGCCGCAGACGUGGUCGGGGUACGACGAAGCUUAUUUCCCGGGAAUCCGGGACGCCAUCGAUGCCGGCGACUGGGGAGAGGCACAGCGUCAAGUAGAGAAGGUAGCAGGGAUUUUGUCGGCCGCGGUCAAGAAGUUGAACGCUUAG